UCGACUGUUACGUCCCUCUGUCUGCUUCUCUGCUCACCUGAUGGGAAGAGACUCAACAUGAGACAAACUGCAGGUUUGGUGGAAGUAAUAGGGCUGACCAAGAAAUUUACAUUCAAUCCUAAAGAGGGAAUUGACAACCCAGUGAUGGUCAUCACAGAUGAUGCAGACUCUUUCUCGACGCCCAAACCUCGUCUGUGCAUUCUCAGACGGGAGGAAGGGCAGUCCUACGGUUUCCAUCUGCGGGUGGAGAGGGGCUUCCAGGGUCACAUCAUCAGAAAUGUGACGCCACUGGGCGUGGCGGAGCGGAGUGGCCUCCGAGAUGGAGACAGGCUUCUGGAAGUCAACAACUGCUUUGUCGAUGAUGUUCCUCACCCUGAGGUGGCCAAGAAGAUCAAGCUGAGUGGGCAUCAGCUGUGUUUGUUAGUAUUAGACGGGGAGGAGUACGAGCAGGCUGUGUGUCGGGGUCAAGACCUGCGAGCCCUCACCACAGCACACAAGGCAGAGGGCUCCAACCCACCCAGACUCUGUUAUAUAACCAGAGACGCUGCCUCAGGCCUGGGCAUCAAUUUCCUGCCUGUGGAAGGAGAAAAGGGUCGCUUCUCUGUGAGCCUGGUGAGAGGAGGCCCGGCCGAGAGGGCAGGGGUGUGUAGGGGAGAUCGCCUGGUGUGGAUGGACGGAGCGACAGUGUCUGAUCUCACACACUCUGCACUCAGCAAGAUGGUGAAAAAAUGUGGAGAUAACAUCACCAUAAUGGUGAUUGACAGUGAGAGUGAGAAGAACUACAUCCAGAGGAAAAUGCCCAUUCUGCCCGCCAUGGCUGUCCCACAUAACCUGCCUCACACAGCCAAGAAACUCCACCUGACCUCUGGGCCGGAGGGCUACGGCUUCCUCCUGACACAGGAGAGGACACCGUCAGGACGCACAGUUCAUGUUAUGCGUGAGGUGGACAUUGGCAGUCCAGCAGAGAGGGCAGGUAUGCACGCAGGAGAGCUGCUGCUAGAGGUCAACGGAGAGUCAGUGGAGCAGCUGAAGCACGAGGAGAUUGUGGACAAAGUGAGACAGGGAGGUCAACAGGUCACCCUCACCACUAUCACUCCACACGGGCUGGAGUUUUACACCCAGCUUGGCCUGUCACCUCUUCUCUUCUGUGUGGACGAUGCUGCUGAGGGAGGAAAGAGGAGCAGCGUGCCAGUCAGCGAGGCAGCAGAGCAGCAAGAGACGACAGCUGGCCAGCCCAACCUGAGGUUCUGCUCUCUGCAGAAAGGCCCACUGGGGUUCGGCUUUAACCUGGGUUGUGUCCCGCACAGUCCUGGGACCUUCAUCAGCCAGGUGGCUCUUGGGGGCUCCGGGCAGAGAGCGGGGCUUCUUGUGGACGACAUGGUGGUGGAGGUCAACGGACAAAAUGUGGAGGGGAAACAUCUUGAAGACGUGAUCAUGCUUGUGAAGGAAGGAGGGAGUUUUCUUUCUUUAUUGGUUAAGAACAAGAGUGACAGCAAGACAAAUCAGAGUGAAAUGCUUCCUGCAAGAGGCACCCCUAGCCUAGAGGAUGAAGAAGAGCAGGAAAUAUCGGCUCUGUGAGAAACACCCCAGCAAACCUGAGGGAAUUCCACCAUAUCAUGCUGAGGACACUUUGACUUAUUUGAACAAGAAAAAGCUGAAGUCAAAGUCAUUACGUAAUGCAUAAGUAAUAUCUCAAAUGACUCCAUGAGAUGAUACAAAAUAAUAAAAAUAAAAUAAUAAAAUAAUCCAAAAUAUAUCCAAGAGGAAGGGUAUAAGCAGUUCAAAUUGCACAAACUGUAACACAGUUCUGUAGUGAGUGAUUGGUGUUUUACUGCACAGCGAAAUCUGGGGAUGUUUGCAGCACUAGUCUUGUUCAGCAGUGGCCGUAUGUUAUUAACUGCAUGAUAAAAUAUAGAAUAACAAAUUGCACCGCAGCUUAAUGUUUUAGUCACUUCAGAAAUAUUGAUCACUACUUUUCUUUGGAUGAUUAAAGUGGAAUGUUUUCACUGUACCUCAUUUAAAUAAGAGAUGUGUGACAGACAAAUUAUCUCUAUUGGUAUAAGCUGACUAUGACUUGUUUGACAUAAAUGCAGAAAUCUCUUGUAGAGAAUGUUAUGUCUUGUCAUUUAUAUCCUCUAAAAUUAUUUGUUCAACCAGCCACAUCUUGGAUCUAAGUGAUUAUGAUGUCAGUGAGCCUGGACUAAAAUAAAUAUUUAUUAUAUAAAUUUGAUAUAUAAUAUGUUAGAUGCUUUUCACACUG